AUGACUCUAGAGGCCUUGUUUCUCCUUUCUGCUUUGAUGUGGCCUUGUGCUGAGAACAUGAAUGUGAAAAUAGCUUGUACUCUGGACUGGAUGGUGGUCCAAGUGGCCCCGCACACAUACACGGGGCAUCGGCAUAUAUUCCCCGAUGAGUUAUACCUGGGAUCGGGCUGUCCUGUGACGCGGAUCCAACCAUAUGUAUAUGAUUUUACAUAUCCUGUUUCUGAUUGUGGUAUCAGGAUGCAGGUUGUUUCAGAGGAUUCUCUCCUUUUUCAAAGUGAGUUGCAUUAUAAUCCAAGAGAUCUGCAUCACCAAGGUCGUAAUAUCCCUCUGGAGUGUUCCACCUCUAGGAAAUCAGUGUGGCUUACACCAGUUUCAACAGAUGAAAUAAAGUUGAAUCCCAAUCCCUUUAUGGCUGACUUUGAGGCAACAUCAGAAGAGUUAGGAUUAUUAAGUUCUAAUUAA